AUGGAUAUACAUGAGAAAGAACCGCUGGUAGAACUGGAGAAGGGGGAGUCCCCGCGUGCUGUACGGUCUCGGGAAAGAUGGAUGCCAUGGACGGAUACGGGGUUGGCCAUCUUUUAUAAGAUCAUCCUCUCCGUUGCCGCUAUCCUCCUCCUCGGGUACAAUUUCUGCUGCACGACUCGCCCAAGACUCGUUGCGACUCAAGUAGAAGGAGUCCCUCAAUUCGUCCUCGACUAUGCACCAUUAACCUACCUCGACACCGCCGAAGCUUACUUCCCCUCUGACAUCUCCGCCCAAAUAACCUAUACCCACCCCGCCAUAAACGGCAGCUCAAUGCAUGAAGACGAAGACGAGAUUCCCACCCUAAAUACCACCAACCUCCACAUCCUAAACAAGUACGGUGAAAACGGCACAAACAUCUACCUAACCUCCAACAGCGACAUCACCAGCUCGCCCUCCUGGCUCACAGGCGUCGUUCCAAACUCCACAACCGGAAAAACAUCCAACGCCAUAUCCUGCGCAAUCAUCAUCUACCCCAAACCCUCCCUCUCCGUCACCGACGUAUUCUACUUCUACUUCUACGCCUACAACCAAGGCAACACAGUCUUUGGCCGCGAACUAGGCGACCACAUCGGUGACUGGGAGCACAACAUGAUCCGCUUCCAAGACGGGGUCCCCCAAGCAAUGUGGUUCAGCCAACACAACAACGGCCAAGCCUUCACAUACCCCUCACUCGAGAAACUCCACUCGGGUCCCGGAAGAGGCAAAAGACCAAUAAACUAUUCUGCCCGCGGCUCGCACGCAAACUACGCCACGACGGGCAAACACGACCACACGAUCCCCGAUCUAAAUCUACCGAACGGUUUCAUCAUAGAUUAUACGUCUGAAGGCGCGUUAUGGGAUCCCGUGCUCAAUGCGUAUUUUUACAACUACAAUGGCAGUACAAAUACGUUUGAGGGCAUAAAUGGGGCUCCCGAAGGCGCUAUGCACUACCGGGGUCAUUGGGGCGAUGAACAGUAUCCGAUUGAAGAUCCGAGGCAGCCGGACUCGUUUUUCGGCUUCGUCAAGUAUGUGAGCGGACCGACGGGCCCGCAGGACAAGUAUCUGGAGAGGGGGGAUGUUUGUCCAGGGAAUGGAAUCCCGUGUUUUGUUAGGGAUAGGUUGGGUCCGUGA